AUGGUGAUUGAAAAGCUCAGUUUAACUUGUGAUGGGCUUCUUUCGCACCUACAACUCGCAUGUUGUCACUGGUAUUGUGGUAUCCCACUGCAUGGCAAGGAGAUGCUGAUUUACAGUAAUGUGCACAUAGAGCAGAAGCCUCUGCUGCUAACUGGCCACCAUGGAGAGAUCAGUGCCAUGACCUUUGGGACACGAAGCAGUCCUGUUCUCCUCUGCUCUGCCUCUGCUGACUAUAUCAUUGUCUGGGAUAUUGAACUGUGCCAGAAGAGAACACAGGAGGGUAAAGCAGCAGCUGGAACAGUUAUUGGGACUUUACUGGGUGAAGUGGUCCAUCUUUCAUUCUGUUUCUCUGAUGAACGAGUGGCAGCAUGCUCAGGAGCAACUGUGUAUAUUCUCAGCUCAAAGAGACAUAAAGUGAUCUCCACUUUGACCUGCCACCUCGGACCUUUAACGUCAGCAGAGUUCUGUCCCUGGAACAAAGACAUUCUUGUCACCACAUCAGAGGACCGCACUUUUAAAGUGUGGGAUUUAAAAGCUGAAGCUGUUUGCUACCAGUCUUUUGUGCUUUCAGCCUCUCCACUGCUCAGUGUGUUGCUGUUGGAGGAGAACAGGCACAUCAUCACUGGCUCAACUGACGGACAGCUGUGGUGCUUUUCACUCCCUGAUGACCACAAGUGUCACCUGGUGACCAAAAUGGACCUUCACAAGAUGGAAAAAAGACAUCAAACGCACCAAGGGACUGUGAGCGACCAAGCAGGGUUCACAGAACAAUCAGCUGUAGAUGAAGUGGAGACUUCAAAACCUGUCCUCAGAAUGGCUCUAUGUAAAUCAUUCACUGACACCAGUAGUGAGCAUAUAAAGGACAACAGCUGGUUAUGUAUUGGAAGCUCUGAUGGCCUGUAUGUGGUUGAUCUGGCUACCUCAGAACUCCUAACAGCACUAUGUUUCAAAGACUACCCCAACUUGAGCGUCACAACGGCUGGGUCGUGGUCAAUCUCUCCAGGCCGGGAUAACUCUAUGGUGUUUUUAGUGAGCUCUUUGUUUACUCCAUGUGUGGUCCUGUUGGAGUUACGUCUCUGUGACCUCAGGAGGACCUGGGCUUGCGGUGAAGGCUUUUCGGUAUUCCCCAGUUCUCCUCCACUGCUUGAAUCUCCUCUGAAUGCCGAGUUAAAGAAGAAGGAGCCUGAGCAUCCUAAAAAGAAAGGAGCAAUAAAGGAGCAGCCUCUGGUUUUCCAUUCGAAAGUGAAGUCAUCUGGAUACACCAGUGCCCCAAGAAAUAUUAUGUUUUCACCUAAAACAAAUAGCCAGAAGAAUCGCUCCUCUAAAAAGCCUAACAAAAAUAUAGGUCUACUCCUCAGAGAUUAUCCAGCAGACAUUGCAGCACCUACUAUUCCACGCAUUCAACUAAGCGUUGUCAAUAAGCCAGUCCACUGCCUUGAGUAUUCAGGUGAGGGAAAACAAAUACUGUGUGGUCUUGGCGACAGCACUGUGUUAUUGUACAAGACCUCCCUUGCUGGCAAUCCAACUGUCUACACAGGGCAUGACAAGCCAGUGAGCAGUGUGAGCUGGAGCCUCAACAGACAGUGGUGGUUGAGUGCGUCAGAAGACCAGUCACUGCGAAUCUGGACCCAUGGCAGCCCAGAGCCAGCAAUUAUCAUGGGCGACAGUAUGUUCUCCAAACCCAUUAGAGGUGCUCAGUUUUAUUACCUCGACAAGUUUCUGCUUCUGGCAUCUGGACCCUCUCUCUACUUGUACCUGUAUAAUGUGGACAUCACACGAGACAACAUUAAAAGAUAUCAGCAACGGAGUGUUGUCAAAUUGGCGAAGUGCUUUACGACGACAUCAGCAACAGACAUCACUACGUUCUCUGCAAUCAAUGAUUUCUUCUCUCACAUCGUUCUUGUGUGUGGUUCAGAUCGGUCCCUUCAGGUAUUUGACAUGAACACGGGUACAGUUGCCUCCACGCUGCCUGAUGCCCACAGCAGAGCCGUCCACUGUAUUACACAGAACAAGGGCUCCAUGUUCAGCACAAAAGCGCCGGAUUCAUGCAACCUUUUCCUCACAAGUGCAGUCACGGAUGGUGUGAAGAUUUGGGACCUCCGUACAAUGAGGUGUGUACGGCGUUAUGAGAACCAUCUAAAUCGCUGCCAUCCCUGUUCUUCAGCCAUUUCACCAUGUGGCCGGUUCAUUGCCUCAGGCUCUGAGGAUAACUGUGCAUACGUUUAUGACAUACGCAGCAGCAGCUACCUCCACAAACUCCAAAAACACUCAGACACGGUGCUCAGUGUGACUUUCAACCCUGCCACACCAGAGCUGCUAACUGGGACCCUGGAUGGGAAGCUGAGACUGUUUCAGUCCAGCAGUGGGGCCCGUCUGUUUCACGACACCAGUACUGCUGUGCAUAGUGUCCCCAACAUGACUGGGUAA